AUGGUUGGUACCACUGAUGAGAGAGCGGGCGAAACAAGGGACUAUUUUAGCACGCAUUGGAGGACGAUUACAUUCAUCUACCGGAUACUGCUGAACACCUGGGCAGGGUUUCUUCAUCUACCGUGUGCGGUCAGGUGGCAUAGUGUCUUCUGCCUCUGGCUUCCAGCAGAAAUGUCACAGAGGAGCGGGCAGGAGGACCCGGAGCGGUACCUCUUUGUGGACCGUGCCGUGGUCUACAACCCGGCCGCACAGGCCGACUGGACUGCCAAGAGGCUAGUAUGGAUCCCAUCGGAACGCAAUGGCUUCGAGGCCGCCAGUGUUCGUGAGGAGCGUGGAGAUGAGGUGGUGGUGGAGCUGGCAGAGAAUGGGAAGAAGGCGGUGGUUAACAAAGAUGACAUCCAGAAGAUGAACCCGCCAAAGUUCAGCAAAGUAGAGGACAUGGCCGAACUCACCUGCCUGAACGAAGCCUCCGUGCUUCACAACCUCAAAGAUCGCUACUACUCUGGCCUCAUCUAUACAUACUCUGGUCUCUUCUGCGUCGUCAUAAAUCCCUACAAAAACCUGCCCAUCUACUCAGAGAACAUCAUUGAGAUGUACAGGGGCAAAAAGAGGCACGAAAUGCCCCCUCACAUCUACGCCAUCUCAGAGUCUGCGUACAGAUGCAUGCUACAAGAUCGAGAGGACCAAUCCAUUCUGUGCACAGGUGAAUCAGGAGCUGGCAAGACGGAAAACACAAAAAAGGUCAUUCAGUACCUGGCACAUGUUGCCUCGUCCCACAAAGGAAGAAAAGACCACAACAUUCCUCCAGAAUCACCCAAACCAGUGAAACUACAGGCACAAAAUGCAGUUAGUGGACCCCUGUUUUAUGGUGAAUUGGAACGUCAGCUUUUACAAGCCAACCCUAUCCUUGAAUCUUUUGGGAACGCUAAGACAGUGAAAAACGACAACUCAUCACGUUUUGGCAAAUUCAUCCGGAUCAACUUUGAUGUCACCGGAUACAUCGUUGGAGCCAAUAUUGAAACCUACUUGCUGGAGAAGUCCAGAGCUAUUCGUCAAGCCAAAGAUGAGCGCACCUUCCACAUUUUCUACCAGCUGCUGGCUGGAGCUGGAGAGCACCUCAGAUCGGACCUGCUUUUGGAAGGAUUCAACAACUACCGUUUCCUGUCUAACGGUAACAUACCGAUCCCCGGCCAGCAGGAUAAAGACAACUUCCAGGAGACCAUGGAGGCCAUGCACAUCAUGAGCUUUGGCCAUGAGGAGAUUCUGGCCAUGUUGAAGGUGGUGUCCUCGGUGCUCCAGUUUGGUAACAUUAACUUUAAGAAGGAGAGGAACUCUGACCAAGCCUCUAUGCCUGACAAUACUGCUGCUCAGAAACUGUGUCAUCUGUUGGGUAUGAAUGUAAUGGAGUUUACCAGAGCCAUCCUGUCCCCGAGGAUCAAAGUGGGAAGAGACUACGUCCAGAAAGCGCAGACUAAAGAGCAGGCUGACUUUGCAGUCGAGGCCUUGGCUAAAGCAACAUAUGAGCGUCUUUUCCGCUGGCUGGUCCAUCGCAUCAACAAAGCUCUAGACAGAACUAAACGGCAGGGUGCCUCCUUCAUCGGCAUCCUGGACAUUGCUGGUUUUGAGAUUUUCCAGUUGAACUCAUUUGAGCAGCUGUGUAUCAACUACACCAACGAGAAGCUGCAGCAGCUCUUCAACCACACCAUGUUCAUCCUGGAGCAGGAGGAGUACCAGAGGGAGGGCAUCGAGUGGAGCUUCAUCGACUUCGGCCUCGACCUGCAGCCCUGCAUUGACCUCAUCGAGAGGCCGGCAAACCCUCCGGGAGUGUUGGCUCUUCUGGAUGAAGAGUGCUGGUUCCCCAAAGCCACGGACAAAACCUUUGUAGACAAGCUGAUCCAGGAGCAGGGCACACACACCAAGUUCCAGAAGCCCCGCCAGCUCAAAGACAAGGCCGACUUCUGCAUCAUCCAUUACGCCGGCAAGGUGGACUAUAAGGCAGACGAGUGGUUAAUGAAGAACAUGGACCCUCUGAAUGACAAUGUGGCCACACUCCUACAUCAGUCAACUGACAAAUUUGUGGCUGAACUUUGGAAAGACGUCGACCGUAUCGUGGGCCUGGACCAGGUGGCAGGGAUGAACGAGACAGCCUUUGGCGCCACCUACAAAACCAAAAAGGGCAUGUUUCGGACAGUGGGACAGCUCUACAAAGAGUCGCUUACCAAGCUCAUGGCCACACUAAGGAAUACCAACCCCAACUUUGUCCGCUGCAUCAUCCCCAACCACGAAAAAAGAGCUGGUAAACUGGAGCCUCACCUGGUUCUCGAUCAGCUGAGGUGUAAUGGAGUUUUAGAGGGGAUUCGCAUCUGCCGACAGGGCUUCCCCAAUCGCAUCGUCUUUCAAGAAUUCAGACAGAGAUAUGAGAUCCUAACACCUAACGCUAUCCCAAAGGGAUUCAUGGAUGGGAAACAAGCCUGUGAGAGAAUGAUCCAAGCCCUAGAACUGGACCCUAACCUGUUCCGUAUUGGUCAGAGCAAGAUCUUUUUCAGAACUGGUGUACUGGCUCAUCUUGAGGAGGAGAGAGAUCUGAAGAUCACUGACAUCAUCAUUUACUUCCAGUCUGUUUGCCGUGGAUACUUGGCACGCAAGGCUUUUGCUAAGAAGCAGCAGCAGCUGAGUGCCCUGAAGGUCCUCCAGAGAAACUGUGCUGCUUACUUGAAGCUGCGACACUGGCAGUGGUGGAGGCUCUUCACCAAGGUGAAGCCUCUGCUGCAGGUCACCAGGCAGGAAGAGGAGCUGCAAGCCAAAGAUGAGGAGCUGGUUAAGGUCAAGGAGCGACAGCUCAAGGUGGAGAAUGAGCUUGUGGAGAUGGAGAGGAAACACCAACAGCUCAUAGAGGAGAAGAAUAUUCUAGCCGAACAGCUUCACGCGGAGACGGAGCUGUUUGCCGAGGCUGAAGAGAUGAGAGUUCGCCUGCUGUCAAGGAAGCAGGAGUUGGAGGAGAUCCUUCAUGACUUGGAGUCGAGGGUGGAGGAGGAGGAGGAGAGGAACCAGAGUCUGCAGAAUGAGAAGAAGAAGAUGCAGUCACACAUCCAGGACCUGGAGGAGCAGCUCGAUGAGGAGGAGGCAGCUAGACAGAAGUUGCAGCUGGAUAAAGUGACGGCCGAGGCGAAGAUCAAGAAAAUGGAGGAGGACAUUCUCUUGCUGGAGGACCAAAACUCCAAGUUCUUAAAGGAGAAAAAGCUGCUGGAGGACCGGAUCGGUGAGAUGACCUCCCAGCUGACAGAGGAGGAAGAGAAAGCAAAGAACCUCGGCAAGGUGAAGAACAAGCAGGAGAUGAUGAUGGUUGACCUGGAGGAGCGUUUGAAGAAGGAGGAGAAAACGCGCCAAGAGCUGGAGAAGGCCAAACGCAAACUGGACGCUGAGACAACGGACCUGCAGGACCAGAUUGUUGAGCUUCAGGCUCAGAUAGAGGAGCUGAAGAUCCAACUGAGCAAGAAGGAGGAGGAGCUGCAGGCUGCUCUGGCCAGGAGCGAUGAGGAGACAGUCCAGAAGAACAAUGCCUUGAAGCAGAUUCGGGAGCUGCAGGCCCACCUAGCUGAGCUUCAGGAGGACCUGGAGUCUGAGAAGAUGUGUCGAAGCAAAGCUGAGAAACUCAAGAGGGACCUGAGCGAGGAGCUCGAGGCCCUGAAGACAGAGCUGGAGGACACGCUGGAUACCACUGCAGCCCAGCAGGAGCUCCGGUCCAAGAGAGAACAAGAGGUGGCAGAGCUGAAGAAGGCGAUCGAUGAGGAGACCAAAAACCAUGAAGCUCAGAUCCAGGAAAUGAGACAGAGGCACGCCACAGCGCUGGAGGAGGUGUCCGAACAGCUGGAACAGGCCAAGAGGUUCAAGGCCAACCUGGAGAAGAACAAGCAGAGUCUGGAGAGUGACAACAAAGAGUUGGCCUCCGAUGUAAAGAGCCUGCAGCAGGCAAAGACAGAGUCUGAGCAUAAGAGGAAGAAACUGGAGGCCCAGCUGCAGGAGUUUAUGUCCAGGGCCACAGAGGUCGAGAGGGCCAAGGGAGAGCUGUCUGAACGAUCUCUCAAACUCCAGACGGAGCUGGACAAUGCUACCACUUUGCUGGAGGAGGCCGAGAAGAAGAGCCUCAAACUGGCCAAGGAAGUCGACAAGCUAAACAGCAAACUGCAAGACUCUGAGGAGUUGCGCCAGGAGGAGACGCGCCAAAAGCUGAAUCUGAGCGGCCAAAUCCGCCAGCUGGAGGUGGAGAAGAACACCUUGCUGGAGCAGCAGGAGGAGGAGGAGGAGGCACGACGCAACCUGGAGAAGCAGCUGCAGACGGUGCACUCUCAGCUGUUUGAGACAAAGAAGAAGCUGGAGGAGGACGUGGGGUCAAUGGAAGGCCUGGAGGAGGUGAAGAGAAAACUCCAAAAAGACGUAGAGCUGACCAGCCAGCGUCUGGAGGAGAAGACCAUGGCCAUGGACAAGAUGGAGAAGACCAAGAACCGUUUGCAGCAGGAGCUGGACGACCUGAUGGUGGACCUGGACCACCAGAGACAGAUUGUCUCCAACCUCGAGAAGAAACAAAAGAAGUUCGAUCAGCUGCUGGCUGAAGAGAAGACCAUCUCAGCUCGUUACGCUGAGGAGCGAGACCGUGCCGAGGCUGAGGCCAGAGAGAAGGACACUAAGGCGCUGUCUAUGGCCAGAGCUCUAGAGGAGGCCUUGGAGGCCAAGGAGGAACUGGAGAGGUUUAACAAGCAGCUCCGUGCUGAAAUGGAGGACCUGAUGAGCUCCAAGGAUGAUGUUGGCAAGAAUGUCCAUGAACUAGAGAAGUCCAAGCGAACACUGGAGCAACAGGUGGAGGAGAUGAGAACUCAGCUGGAGGAGCUGGAGGAUGAGCUGCAGGCUACAGAGGAUGCCAAACUGCGUCUGGAGGUCAACAUGCAAGCCAUGAAGGCUCAGUUUGACAGAGACCUGCAGAACAGAGACGAGCAGGGAGAGGAGAAGAAGAGGUCGCUGGUCAAACAGGUGCGUGAGAUGGAGGCAGAGUUGGAGGACGAGAGGAAGCAGAGAACUCUGGCUAUUGCCACAAAGAAGAAGCUGGAAAUGGACCUGAACGAACUGGAAGGGCAGAUUGAAGCUGCCAACAAAGGCAGGGACGAGGCUGUUAAACAACUCCGAAAACUACAGCCCAAAGACAUGCAGGCUAAUUGGUGA